AUGGCGGACACUAUGGGCCAGAACGUUCAUGGCUACGACCAUGAUAACCUGCGCCAUGUAGUUAUCACCUCGACUUGCUUUGCUUUCAUCUUGUCCACAACUGCAGUCAGUUUCCGCAUUAUUUCUCGAGCAAUCAAUGGAAGUGGUCUCUUCCUGGAUGAUUGGCUGAUUAUACUGGCAUUGCUCUUUGAGUACGGUAUAUCAAUAGCGGGAGUCGUGCUAUUGUACAAUGGACUUGGAACACAUAUCGUCGAACUCUCUCCCGAGCAAAUCGUUAUCUAUCUCAAGACACUAUUCACAGGCUCAAUCCUCUACACCGGCUGCAUCUUGUUCAUCAAGCUAUCCAUCCUUGCUCUCUACCAGCGCCUCUUCCCCAUCAAGGGCAUGAAGAGAGCCGUCAAUGCUGUUUCUUUAAUCGUGAUCCUGUGGGCCGCAUGUGGUAUUCUCGCCGGAUGCUUCACCUGCAUCCCGACCGAGAAGCUAUGGCAUCCUAUGAUAGAAGGUGGCUGCAUGAACCUAUCCAAGUUCUACUAUGGUCUCCAGGUCCCCAACAUCGCAACCGACGCCAUUAUCCUCCUAAUGCCCAUGCAUAUCGUGUGGAACCUUCCCAUCUCAAAGGCUCAGAAGCUGGGUCUCUCUGCCAUCUUUGUUCUGGGAUUCUUGACUCUUAUUUUCGAUAUCAUCCGACUUAUCGUUCUGAUCGAACUUUCCAAAAAAGGCGACGACAUUACUUAUAACCAAGUCCCAGCAAGCGUAUGGACAUGCAUCGAACCCGCCGUCGGAAUCGUCGCUGCCUGCCUCUCGAAUAUGCGCCCCUUGUUCAAGUUCAUGCACGUCAAGGUCUGGUCCAGGUUUUCCAGCCGCUAUACCACCAACACGGGCAACACCAGCGAGUCGCAGAUCAACGAAAAGCCCGGUUGGCCACGUCGGACUCCUAGCCCCAACAGCAACAACAGUCUUCGCUCAAGCCCUAGUAGCGAGUCCCACCAGUUGCCUUUGAAUCAAUCGCCUGCACACAACCAGUCUGCUGUUUGA